UAGAAAUCUAAUUUCUUAUAAGAAAAUCUCUUUUAUCCAUAUGGAUAUGCAUAUUCUUCUUUUAGCAAUAUUCUUAAGUUUUUGUGUUCUUACGACACAUUUUUGUGUGUCGAAUAGUACAAGUGUAUCGCUUUGUACACAAACGCCUUAUCCAGAGUUAUGUAAUUCUCUCACCUUCAAUAAACCUCAAACAAGUUUAGACGAAAACUUGUUUGAUUUCCGUGACACUGCCCUUAGGGUUACUCUAGCUCAUGCUGAAAAUGCCCACAAGCUCAUGUCAACUAUGGACAUAGCUUCAUUCAAUGACCUAGGUCAAUCAGCUUGGACUGAUUGUUUAGAACUUUAUGAAGACACCAUUUAUCAACUUAAUCGCUCAAUCACCUCGAAAAAUCCACAUAGCAUGCUUGAUUCUCAAACAUGGUUGAGUGCAACCAUUGCCAAUCAACAAGCCUGCCAAAAUGGAUUUGAGGAAUUUAACUUGUCUUCCCAUUUGCAGACUUUCCCAUUUAUGCUCAGUAACAUUUCAAAAUUCUUGAGCAAUUCCCUAGCCAUCAAUAAGGCCAUGAUUUCAUCCUCAUCUGUAAUUGAUAUUACUAAUAUUCAUCACAAUCGUCAUUUAUUAUCUGAUGGUUUCCCGGCAUGGCUUUCUACCGGUGAUAGAAAAUUGCUGCAAUCCUCUUCUGUUGCCACAGCUAAAGCUGAUAUUGUUGUGGCUCAAGAUGGCUCUGGUAAUUAUAAGACUAUUUCUGAAGCUUUGGCUGCAAUUUCCAAAAGGAAGGGUACCAAGAGGUUUGUUAUAUAUGUUAAGAAGGGAGUCUACAAAGAAAAUGUGGAGAUAAAGAAGUCUAUGAAGAACUUGAUGUUCAUUGGAGAUGGAAUUGAUGCCACCAUUAUUACUGGAAACAAGAAUGUCCAAGAUCGUUCCACAACUUUUCGUUCAGCAACUUUUGCUGUUUCUGGUGAGGGCUUCAUUGCUCGGGGCAUGACAUUCGAAAACACGGCAGGGCCUCAAAAGCACCAGGCAGUGGCGCUCCGUUCUGGCUCAGAUUUCUCAGUUUUCUAUGGCUGCAGCUUCAAGGGCUACCAGGACACCCUAUACGUUUAUUCGCAACGUCAAUUUUAUCGAGAUUGCGACAUAUAUGGAACAUUGGAUUUCAUUUUCGGGGAUGCUGUAGCAAUUCUUCAAAACUGUAACAUAUUUGUAAGAAAACCAAUGAGUAAUCAGAAAAACACUGUCACAGCUCAAGGAAGAAGUGAUCCUAAUGAAAAUACUGGUAUUAUAAUUCAGAAUUCACGUGUGGUUGCAGCAUCAGACUUUAGGGCAGUCCAAAAUUCAUUCAAGACCUAUCUUGGGAGGCCAUGGAGGCAAUAUUCGAGGACUGUGUUCAUAAAAUGUACCCUAGAUGGCUUGAUCGACCCGGCUGGGUGGCUGCCAUGGAGUGGAAAUUUUGCUUUAAGGACAUUAUACUAUGGAGAGUACAUGAACACAGGGAGUGGUGCAAGUACUAGUGGGAGGGUGAAGUGGCCGGGAUACCACGUUAUAACCCGUGCUUCCGAGGCUGAAAAAUUCUCUGUAAGAAAUUUUCUCGCUGGAGAUUCAUGGCUUCCGGCAACUGGUGUGCCCUUCACGUCUGGCCUGUGACAUGAAAUUGCUGUAGUUUUCAUAAUUAUGCAUAAAGUUGGUGGAUAUUCAUAUACGUCUUUCUUUAAUUAGUUAGGAAAGUGACUUGCAAAUAUAUAUGUAUGAUACAAUUGUCACAUAGUCUGUGCUGGAUUGCUUUUACAAAUUACAGAUUGUAUUAUUGUACACCACAAGUAACAUACUUGUCCUUUUCUAUAAAUCCAAGGAUCAUAAUUUAAUAUUUA